AUGGACCCCUCCUCCUCCUCCUCGGAACCCACCCCACUAGCGACUUCCACGCCGGCCUCUGCACCUGCACAUGGAGAGAAUACAUACGACCCCCUCCGGUCAGACGAGGCCUUCCACCCGCUCAAUAACGCGACGAUCACGGUCCGGAUCAUCAAGUCGUUCGAGUACCGGACGUUUAGGGGGAUGGUGCUCAAGGGGGUGAACCUGGGGGAGGUUACGGUUGGGGAGUUGAUGGAGAGGUGUAAGCGAGACAUCAAGACUGCGCCGGGUUACAAGGCGUACAGGAACCUCGAACUCGAUACACUCAAGCUGUACACUGUUGCGCACGGAAGCAAGACGACCAAUCUGAUCAUCAACCUCGACAAGGAUGAGUGGAUCUUGACUGAUAUGGGUAAGACGCUCGCCGAGAUCGGAGCGAAGAAUGAGACGGAGCUCUCGCUGUUCAAUCGGAAAGAGUACGAAGCGUUCAAGGCGAACCCUGAGGUCAUGUGGGACUGA